AUGGAGUUAGCCUGCGGCUGUUCUCUUGACCAAUACCUUGCUAUAUUUGCUGAACCUGAUCCAAUCAGAACUAUAGUUGACAUCCGUCAGAAUCUUAGACAAAGAAGUCGCAAGAGGGGAGCGACUAGCUACCAAGCAAGCCUCGAGCAAUUCCGCUUCCAUUUCAGGACCAGACUUGGCAUAUCGGGUAAUGAUUUCAUCCAUAGAGAAGAUAUAGUCCAUCAAAAAGGACUCAUUGAGAUGGCACAUGAAUACCUCUGUGUUUGCGAGAAUGGCUCCCGGUACUGGGAUAGUCAUUUGGCGAGCAAUGAUGGAUCUCUUCAAUAUUCUAGAGAUCAAUACGAGAUAUACACCAAUAUUGUUUGGUUCUUCCUUCGACGCAACCUUAAUGAUAUAGGGAAGAAGUUACGCUCGAGACGUCCUGGAACUACGACCGCAGAUAAUGGCCGACGACGAAGAAAUUUGCUCGAUGCAUUUGGCAGCGAGAGCCCUUCACCAUUUUAUCCAGAUUACGAGAUCCAGAAUAUCAUGAGAGUCCAGACUAUGCAACGUUCGUGUUCUGGUUCGAACACAGAUGACAAAAGUGCUAACCUCUUCAGAACAACUAAUGAGGGCGGUGAUUCUUCACCUUUGCAGAGUACCCAUUCGAUUCAAAACCCCAGACAGGAAGAAAUAAUGAACAACCGAACUCCGAUACUUUAUGGCAGGACCUACAGCCCAGAUGAGCUGGCUGAAGACGAUACGCAAGGGUCCUUAAUGCCAAUUCCUGACGCGCAGCCGCGACGUUUAAGCCGAAUGCAAGAUAUACAAGCGAAUUUCAGAGAGGCAAGACUUGAUGAACGAUCAAUCAAUGGGGUUAACCGCAAUGAACGCGGGAAUAAUCCAUCGGCGCCUACUGCUACCGUGGGCACUCAGACGGGAUUUGAAACAGAUGAAUAUCGCGAUAGAGAUGCUAACGCGCCACCUCCUUCAUCCAUGAACACAAAUAAUGCCUCCCAGCAGUCUGGGCAAGCGAGUCAGAAUAGGGAUCAACGCCAAUCCGGAGAGCCACGAGAGUCAAUCGAACAUGAACAAAGGUCACCAACUCCCUUCGAAGCCCCGAGAACUGCUUCGCCAGAACCGAAACCGAAAAUUGACCUCAUAUUUAGUUAUGAUGCACUCCCGGGAUUUAAUCUCCGCUUAUUCCACGGCGAAGAAAUCUUCUCAUUCUCCCACGAGCAAAUAUUCCGGGAAACAGGUUGGCAGCAUGACUUUGACUGGCUGCUCAUCUCCCUCAAAGCUCCUGCGGUGCUUUUUCUGGAACGUAUACCCAAGGCUGAUAACAGGGAGUUUCGAAAGGUAAUGGUUAGAUUUGAACAGAUAGUUGAUACGAUGAAACGUGAUUAUGCUGAGUUGGAGAGAGAUGCUGUGAUUGAGAUUGCUUUUGUGCCUGAGUGUAAAGGGCAUUCGGGAACUGUUAUGGUUGACGCUUGGAAGAAGCGGUUGGAUAAAUCGCGUGGCGUCGUGUUUUGA